AUGCCCUGCCCUGAUGUUGAUUAUGUAUCUUCUUCAAUCAACCGUCUUAUCAGUGAGGAGUUAGUUUAUGACAUACCAAGUUUAAAGAAAGAGUUUGAUCAACUUUCUAAAGCAUUAACAUCUAAGCAACGUAACAUUUUUGAUGAUAUCAUGACUGCAAUUAAGAAUAAUGAAUGGGGUCUUUUCUUUGUCUACGGGUAUGGUGGAAUAGGUAAAACCUAUCUUUGGAAGACGUUAUCUGCUGCAGUUAGAUGUAAUUUUCAAAUUGUUUUAAAUGUUGCUUCAAGUGGGAUUGCUUCUUUAUUAUUACCUGGUGGCAGGACAACACAUUCAUGGUUUAUAAUUCCUUUGGUUCUUAUUGAGGUUUCUGUUUGUUCCAUAACACCAAAUAGUGAACUUGCCAGUUUAUUACAAAAAACCUCAUUGAUCAUUUGGGAUGAAGCACCCAUGAUUCACAAGCAUGCAUUUGAAGCUUUAGAUCGAACUUUGAAAGAUAUAUUCAAGUGUCAUAAUCCUAGAAACUCAAAUUUGCCAUUUGGAGGGAAAGUGAUUGUUUUUGGAGGAGAUUUUAGACAAAUUCUGCCUGUUAUCCCAAGUGGUAGUAGACAAGACAUUGUCAAUGCUUCUUUAAGUUCAUCAUAUUUAUGGCAACAAUGCAAAGUCCAUAAACUAACGAAAAACAUGAGGCUAACUGUCGGAAGUGAUGCAUCUGCUAUUAAACAAACAACAACUUUUGCAAAAUGGCUUUUGGAUAUAGGAGAAGGGAAACUUGGUGGUUCUAAUGAUGGUGAAGGGAUUAUUGAUAUUCCAAAGGAUCUUCUAAUUAAUGAUCAUUGUGAUCCUAUAGGUUCAUUAAUUGAGUUUGUAUAUCCUUCUAUUCUUGAAUAUUCUAACAUUCCAGAAUAUUUUCAAGAAAGAGCAAUACUUGCUCCAAAAAAUGAAGUUGUCGGAAAAAUAAAUGAUCAUUUGCUGUCAUUAUUUCCAGGAGAUGAAGUCGAAUGUCUAAGUUCAGAUAAACUAUGCAAAUCUGAGUUUAUCAAUGAUCAGUUUGAUGCGAAUUUAUACUCACCUGAUGUUUUAAAUGGUCUUAAAGUUUCAGGUCUCCCAAAUCAUAAGUUAGUUUUGAAAGGCGGGGUUCCAGUUAUGUUACUAAGAAACGUUGAUCAAAAAAAUGGCUUAUGUAAUGGAACUAGACUAUAG